AGUUGGUUUGUAUCCUCCAUCAUGGACAGCCCGACCCGCGUAUUCGCUUCUAUUCAACCGGUUUCUGGUCGAGAGUUUACCGGUAAUGAAAAAACGGAUAAACGGCAGACUCCCGGUACCAGGGGCAGGGAGAUCCAGGUGACCGGGACGGCAGAGGUUUGUUACCCGGCAGACCGUGCGUCGGUGCGGGUCAGUGUUGGCAACAGUAAAGAGUCAGUCAACGAAGUGACCAACAGCGUUUCACGGAGACUCGACUAUAUUUUACAGUGUCUCAGACAACAUGGCGUAAAGGAUGAAGACACCUCAGUGAGGAGGUUUCUCCAAAGAGAAGCAGACGUGUAUCUCAUGGAUGCUGAGGUGGUGGUCACCUUCUCUGAUUUUGAGAAGAUGGAGACGGUAUGCAGCAUCCUCCUGGAGAAGCUGGACAAGAGCGUCUGUGUGGGAGCGCCACGUUUUUACCACAGCGCUGAAUGCCUCGGUCGACUCAGGCGGCGUGCGUGCGUCUCAGCUGUUGAAAAUGCUCAGCAGAAGGCCAACGACGCGAGUCAACUCCUGGGACAAACUCUGGGACCCCCUCAGCUGAUCACAGAGGAGGAAACAAGGGAGUCAAAGAACGAGGAUGAGGAGGACAGAGGACGAGGACAGGCAACCGCAUCCAUUUCUCAUCUUCCUUUUAUACCCACGAUUACCGCCGUGUCCCGGGUGUCUGUGUCCUUCAGCCUUAGAGACGGGAGCAGGAAAAAACUCUAAAGACAUGUACGAAUAACUCACGAGGCCAAAA